GGUUACUGAACCGAAAGGAAAGGGAAAAUAAUGUGCAGGAAGAAGAAAGCGAAAGAAGAGGACAAAGGCUGAAUGUUCCGAAGAAGUAGAGACAAAGAAAAGCUAGGAUAACAUAAUAUAUACCAUCCGCAUUCCUUUCAAGUAAUCCUACAUCUAUGAAGUAAUCAAGACACAUAUUUUGACUUUAAGAAAAAAAAAUUAUGUGAAAUGCCAGAUCUUAUCUGUGAUAGUGAAAAGAAAUAAUCUCUAAAAUGGAGAAUGAAAAUGUGGGAUUUUCACCUUUGAAGGAAGAUGGAAACCAGGAAACAGGCUCUGAAGCACCUGUCAUAAAACAAGAAGCUGAGGGACACAAGUAUGAUGAAAAUAGUGAUGCAAUUUUGCCAACAGAUUCUAACAAAUGGACUCGUAGUGAACAAGAAUUGGCUGGAACAUCACUUGUUCAAAAGAAGCUAAGAAAGAAGGUAUUAAAUGACGUGAAGGCUAGCGUAUCUUUAACAAGACCGAGUAACUUCACUCCAACGUUUCUAGAUGAAAGUUUUACAAUUGAACAUGAAGGGAAGCGACACUGGCAAUGUAAUCAAUGUCCUAAAAUGUACCAAUCAAAACACAGCUUACAGAGUCAUCUGCUCUCGCACAGUGGUGUGCGACCAUACUCUUGCGACAUUUGUGGUAAAUCAUUCCGACAGCAAGGACAUCUUGCCACGCAUAAGUUGACUCACGAAAAGGUGAAACCACAUUCUUGUAACGUAUGUAGUCGCUCUUUCACGCAAACAAGUCAUCUGAAACGCCAUAUGCUUACACAUUCUGAAAUAGCUCCAUACGUAUGUAGUGAGUGUGGACGCAAAUUUGCAUAUGCUAGUGAGUUACAAGCACAUCUGGCGAAACCACAUCCCACCAAAGAUAACUGCUGCGGGGUCUGUGGACGAACAUUUUCGUCAAUAGGCCAUCUGCAGCGGCACAUGGCAUACCAUGAAAGCCACGGACCACUGCAGUGUGAAGAAUGCAACAAAACAUUCCUUUUUCCUCAUCAAUUAUCUGCACAUAUAAAACGGCACAAAGACAUUCGUCCACACAUUUGCGGAGAAUGUGGUAUGCAAUUUUUACAACCUACGCAUCUUAAACAACACCAAAAAACGCAUUCAGGAGAGAAGGAGCAUGAAUGCCCUGAGUGCAAGAAAUCUUUCAGUCUUGAAGGGAACCUUAAGCGUCACAUGUUUAUUCACACUGGCUUGCGGCCUUAUAAAUGUGAAAUUUGUGGAAAAUCCUUUGCACAGAAACAGACACUUAAAGCUCAUCUGAUUGUACAUAGCCAAAAUAAACCAUUUGCUUGUAAACACUGCGGAAAAGGUUUUAGUCGUAAAUUUAAUUUGGAAAGUCAUGAACGAUUGCACAACGGGAUCAAACCGUUCCGGUGUAACUUCUGUGGCACACGUUUUAAUUUGAAGAGUAACUUAAAAACUCACAUUAAACUAAAGCAUAGCGAGAAGAAGGAGGGCGGUAUUGAUGACACCAAAGGCCUUGUUAUUGAAGCAGAUAAUGUCAGUACUAUACCCGGCACUGGUGGGAUUUCACGAAAAGGACUUUACCGUACAAUUCGGAUGGGAGGAAAGAACUUAUAUGCUUGUCAGGUGUGUAACAAAACUUUUAAACAGAGUGGACACCUUAAAAAGCACAUGAUACGUCAUAGUGAUGAUGCGCCAUUUAAAUGUGAUCAGUGCGGGAGAAAAUUUGUUUAUCCAAGCGAAUACCGUGCCCAUAUGGCUAAACCACACCCAGCUAAGAAUAACAUAUGUGUCAUGUGUGGGAAAGACUUUGCGACACCUGGACAUCUUCAACGGCAUCUUCUGCUACAAGGUGACCAUGGUCGGUACGAUUGCGAUCAGUGUGAACGCAAAUUUUCCUACCCUAGCCAGUUACAGUUGCACAAGAUGAGACACAGUGGAGUACGCCCUCAUAUUUGUAAAGAGUGUGGAAUGGAAUUCAUGCUUGUUGCUCAUUUGAAAAAGCAUAUGUUUACUCAUAUGGGAGUGAAGCCUUAUAAAUGUCCUAAAUGUGGGCGCGGAUUUGGCCAGGAUGCAAACCUUAAACGACACUUGCGCACACACAGCGAGCUCCGCCCUUUCAAAUGUGAACUGUGCCCUAAAGCUUUUAAAGAAAAGCACACAUUACAAGCACAUAUGAUUGUGCAUCGGGAAGACAAACCAUACACGUGUAGCGUCUGCCAAAGAUCGUUCAGCCGAGAACGAAACUUGACAAACCAUAUGAUACUCCACAGCGGCUCAAAACCCUUCAAGUGCCGUGUUUGUUCGAGUCGGUUCAACCUGAAGGGGAACUGGAAACGGCACAUGAAGGUUAAACAUGGGAUUGAAGACCCUAAGCCAAAUGGAAAUAUCUCCCUUACAUUAGCCGAUACAAAUAUUGAUGCAAUUGAUUUAUCAGCACGAAAACCAACCAAUGAUGAUGCAAGUUUACUUAAGAAUACCAAGAGUAUUCAGGAAGACAGUAGUCAAUCCAAAGCAACACCAGUUAUCGUAUCAUCCAAGGAUUUAAAUACAAAGAAUGACGAACAUUUUGAUAAUCAACUUGGGAACUUAGAUCAGUCUCAACCUCAGUGGUUUGGUGACGGUAAGGAUCAGAGUGACAGCACUAGAGAUGAACAAAGCUCAAACUCUGAUUCUACUCGUCGUAUCGUACAAAUGAUCGCCCAGUUGAAUAAUAGCGCAAGGAUGAUAAAACGCAGACGCCAUAUUCGUUUGGAAGCACCAAAACGUACCCUGACCUUUAGCAACGAAGCAACAGAAAGUCAAGGAUUUCCUCCAGUGCCAUUGCCAGAACAAACAAAUUUAAAUGAUCAGGAUGAGAAAAUGAAGAAAAUUGAGGAUAUGGAAGUAAACACAGCAGGUGGUAGAAAUCAAAUGGAGGAGGCUAUGAUGGAGAUAAACCAACAAGAGUUAGCUGAAGAAAUGCUUCCACUGCUAAACCCAUACAAUAUGGAUGAAUGCUAAAUGCAAUGGCAUCCAUCAAUUUUUUCAGAGGAAGUUUAUAUAUUUUUUAAUCUUCCAGAGUUUUUAAUAAUUCCAUGAAAAUAAUAAUUGAAAAUAUUACAAAACCAAAGUACCAACAAAUUGAAGGAGUUUUCACAAUUCCAGAUUUUUAAACUUUUACAACUGUUUUUCAAAAAAUUUACAUUCAAAUAAAAAUUUGCAAUUCAUAUUUGUACAAGGCAUGCCAUAAUUUCUUGCAAUGUACAUUUUUUUUAAAAAUAAAAAUAAUCGCUCUUUUCAUAUUGACUAUAAUGAAAAUGUCUAUCUUGAUAAUUAUGUAAGUUUGACUAAAAUUUCUUUACUGCAUGUUUUUAUGAUACAUACAAUUUUUCUAUGUAUUUAAUAUAUUUAUUGGACAUUUUUGAUAUCAUAUUUUAUCUGUAGUUAUUAAGUAAUUUAAGUACACAUCAUACAAAUAUCAUAGGGCAGUAUGUAAAGCUGUUCUCAUUCCACUGGUUAUUAAUCCAAUUUGUAUGAGAAUUGUAACCAUGGUGAUUCAACUCUGUGUUUAUAUUGAUAAUGUUAUUUGUAUGCCUUGGGAUAUUUAGUUUUCUACAUACUGAUUGAUUUAUCCCAUGACCAAUUAUAGGGUUGAUGAAAUUCAUUUAGGAUUGGCAUUUGUCCAUUAUUACCAUGACAAUUUGCCUGUCUACUACUGCUAAAUGGCAUUUUCACACGAAUACAUGAUACAGUGUAAAUGAGGUAAACUGUAAUGUGCUGUAUGACCGACUAUAGAAAUUCAGGAUGUAGGAUUUUAGAAGGAUGAGGAUGAAUACAAGGUCAACAUAGUUUUGACUACAAUCUGUACUGUAACAUUGUAAACUAAAAUUUUAUGAUUUUGAAACAAAAAGUGAAAUAAAUUGUUUUCAUUUCCCCUUUUUAUCAAUCCCAUAAGCUCUUUAGACUUAAAAAAAUCCGAGAGUAAGAGAAAAUUAACUUUCACCCAGUUAUACAGUAUCACAAUUUAAUUGCAAUAGAUUCCACUUAACUAAAAGUGCAGUUGGUAUAUCAUUAUAAAAUUAAAUUUACGAAGUUGUAAGAAUUUUCUUUAAAAAAAAAAAAAGUACUUCUUAACACUCUGAACAUUUAGAAAAUUAAUACUAAUCCAUGUCUUUCAUAUGAUGACCAUAGGCAGUUCCAUGGCAUCACUCAUCUCAGAAAUGUCUUUUGAUACAGUAAAAAUAUGUUACUACUGUAUAUGCAUUUGUGUAUAGUAGAAUGGUAUAUUCAGCAAUAGUUGAUGAAGUUUAAGUAUGAGAGUCACUGAUCUGUUUCCAUCUUGAUUUUUGAAGGGGUUAAUUUUUAUAUUUUUUAAUUAUACGUUAAGCGCAUUGAAGCUCUGGCAUUUUGUGCUAUAGAAGUCUAAAGCAUUAUUAUUGUUAAAUUUGUUUCUCGUCUCAUGUUUUUAUAAAAUACGGUACUUGGAUGUGAAAUUAUUUUGUUAACUUUUCCAAGUAUUUUAAAUGCAAAUCUGAUACCAUUGCUAAAAUGUCAUUUCUUGCACAAUUAUGUUUUAGAAUUUGAAUUGGUAUUUAUCAGUGUUUGCAAGUAUACUAAAAGUUUGUUUUUAUUACAACUUUAAAAGCUCCUAAACAUUCUGUGGCGUAUCAAUCUUAAAAUGGGGGUGGGGGCCUUGGUGAUUAAAUGAGGGGAACUAGCUCGCAUAGUGAUUUUUUUGCUUCAUACAUUUUUGUGCGCCCCUCCCACAUACCCUAGAUACGAUACUGUAAACAGUACUGUAUACUUUUGAAGCAAUUAGUUGUGAUGAUAGUUUAAGAUUAUUCCCCUGUAUUAGUUCUAUGCUUAAUAUUCAUAGGUUGUUUUAGACAUUUAAUUUUUCUGUUAUUGUUUUUAUAAAUAAUUUAUAUAGCAUUCCUAAUUGUCAUGAAAUAAAAUAAGAACCUUAUUCUUUCAUAUUAAUAGGAUUUUACAAAAAAGAGUUAUAAAUAUGAUUAUGAAUUAUAAUUACGACUUUGAUGCACAUUUACAUGUGUUUAUACUAUAGAUGCACUUUUGUGUUCGGUCCAUGAUCGUACUGGCUAUGUAUUAGGUCUUUGACCAAUCAUACUUAACUAUGUGAUAGGUCCACGAUCGCAUUAGCCAUGUGUUAGACCAGUGAAUGCUUUAGCCAUUUGUUACAUAAUUUAUUACAUUAGUCAAGUGUUAGGUCAGUGAUCGCAGUAUAAAAUGUUGAUCACAUGAAUAAUCUUGUGCAGUUUUCGACAAACUGUACAUUUAUUUCUUCAUUUAUUUC